AUGCCUCGCAGAAGCUAUCGGACAUCGGUAUCAGCCUAUCGAGAUUCUGCACCUCUGUACAACUCAGAAAAAGAGGGCAACCUGCGACUUGACAAUGAUAAUAUCGACUUCGAACACGUGAACGGGCGCAAGCGGGUCAUUCGUCCGUGCAUGCUCGGCAUCUCUUUCGGACAGCUCUCCAGGCAUGUCUACCACUGGUCGCUUGCCUUCUUGGCCAUCUUUGCAUUUGGCUGGUGUCUUCUGGGCGUGACCCUGCUGUGUUAUGGAACCUUCGAUGGUCUAUGGGCGAGCAAACCUGGCCGAGGACCAAUAGAGGCAUUCGGUACAGGGCCAAAUUCGUGGAAGGCAGCACAUUCCACCGCCUGUUGCACACGGAACAAUGUGCUUAGCCAAGCGAGUAGGCCAUUAUUGGAUGACUUGUCCCGCAUCUGUGGUGCGGUCGAAGCCGAUGUAUGGCUAGAUGAUGGUCAAAGGGUGCUCGUGGGUCCGACGGAGGCUAGCUUGGACGUGAACAGAACUCUGUCGUCUCUGUACAUCGAGCCCAUGGUGCAAGCAUUGGAACUGCGACACGGGAGACAUCACGCUCUGAAAAGGCCGCCGACUCCCAACGCCGACCUCGUCGAACCUGACUAUCCACAGACUUUUGUGAUGAUUAUUGACUUCAAGAGUGAUGGAGUUGCGCUGUGGAAUCAUGUGGAUGCAGCAUUGGAGCCGUUGAGGAGAAGGGGGUACCUCACACAAUUCGAUGGACUUGAUGUUGUCGAGGGCGAGGUGACGGUGGUAGUCUCCGGAGAUGCUCCGUUCGCCAAGGUCAUCGAACAAAGAGAGCAGCGAGAUAUAUUCUUUGAUGCUCCCCUUGAGCUGAUGUCGCCAACCGGACCAGCGGUGUUUCAACCCCUGCCAACCCAACGUCUGGCCACGUCUAAUGCCGAGUCGUUGAGUGUCCGGCCUGCAGGCCUGGGUACCUUUCGUCGAAGCGAUACUCCGGUAAAUGCAGCAGUAUACAGUGCUGCAAACUCAUACUAUGCCUCGGCCAGUUUUGAGCGCACUAUCGGACGCAUUUCGGACUCAGGUCCAACGCAGUCGCAGCUCGCUCUGAUACGAGCCCAGGUUCGCGGGGCACAUGCUCGUGGUCUCCAGGUUCGAUACUGGGAUGUGCCAACAUGGCCGUUGGGUAUCUUUAGCGAUAUUUGCAGGACCCUGCUGCAAGAAGGGGUUGACGUGGUGAACGCCGAGCAUUCGGAAGCAGCUGCGACCAUCACCUAG